AUGAAUUCGAUGCACGCCACAUUGAACAUUGGAAUCUUAAGGCUGCGGCACAGAAGACAUAAAAGACACUCCAGGAAAUCGAAAGGAAAGAAAAAGAGAGAUCCCCUGGUGGGGAGGACGAUGAACGACAGUCUCAAAGAUCAGAAGUGGGAGGACCACAGGUUAAAAAAUGGAAUGAUUUUCUUUAGGGUUAGCCUAAAUUUUAUCCAGCGCAGUGAUGGCUGUCCGCAAUCAGCUGCCGAGAAUGGGAAAGGAAACCAUGUUCGAGAAACGAUUGAUUCUAUGAAACUGCUGAAGGCAUUUCCUUGA